AUGGAUCCACAGAGGGACAAGUAUGGCGAGCGGCCUGCCAGGAGCACUAAAGUUUCCCAAGGAAGUCGCAGUGGACACUCCUCCAGACCGUCAGGCUCUUCAAGCUCCUCAGGGGUUCUUAUGGUGGGCCCAAAUUUCCGUGUUGGCAAGAAGAUUGGCUGUGGAAACUUUGGGGAAUUGAAGCUUGGUAAAAAUCUCUACACCAAUGAGUAUGUAGCUAUUAAACUGGAACCAGUGAAGUCAAGGGCACCACAGUUGCAUUUGGAAUACCGGUUUUACAAAACGCUGGGAACUACAGCUGAAGGGGUGCCCCAAGUCUUUUACUUUGGACCCUGUGGGAAAUACAAUGCCAUGGUUCUGGAACUCUUGGGCCCAAGUCUGGAGGACCUCUUCGACCUCUGUGACAGGACUUUUUCAUUGAAGACUGUCCUCAUGAUCGCAAUCCAGUUGAUAUCUCGAAUGGAGUAUGUGCAUUCUAAGAACCUCAUCUAUAGAGAUGUAAAACCAGAAAAUUUUCUCAUUGGACGACAAGGGAAUAAAAAGGAGCAUAUUAUCCACAUUAUUGACUUUGGCUUGGCCAAAGAGUACAUCGACCCCGAGACCAAAAAACACAUUCCAUACCGGGAGCAUAAGAGCUUGACUGGCACAGCCCGCUACAUGUCCAUCAACACACAUUUAGGCAAAGAGCAAAGCCGACGAGAUGACCUUGAGGCCUUAGGUCACAUGUUCAUGUAUUUCCUUCGUGGGAGUUUGCCAUGGCAAGGACUUAAGGCUGACACAUUGAAAGAGCGAUACCAGAAGAUCGGAGACACUAAACGAAACACUCCCAUCGAGGUCCUGUGUGAGAACUUCCCAGAGGAGAUGUCCACCUACCUACGAUAUGUACGGCGGCUGGACUUCUUCGAAAAACCAGACUAUGAAUAUCUGAGGACGUUAUUCACCGAACUGUUUGAGCGCAAAGGGUACACCUUCGACUACACAUAUGACUGGGUUGGCAGGCAGAUACCCACACCAGUGGGAUCUGUCCAUAUAGACUCUGGGGCUUCUGCAGUCACAAGAGAAAGCCAUCCUCACAGAGACCGAACUUCAGCACACCCGCCAAUUAGAAAUCAGACAGCAGUCUCUGAUCGACGAGGAGCAUGGGAGGCGCAGCCCACUCGCCAAGCAAACUCCUCCUACCUCACCUCCCACCUGGCAGCGGACAGGCACGGGGGCUCAGUGCAGGUGGUCAGCUCAACCAACGGGGAGCUGAAUGCCGACGAUCCACUCGCAGCUCAUUCCAAUGCACCGAUUACUGCCCAAGCAGAGGUGGAAGUAGUCGACGAGGCCAACUGCGUGAAAAUGCUCAACCUGUGGUGA